AUUGUGAAUUGCAUAGGUUGCUUACACAGUUACGCUAGACUAACCCAUAUUAUCAGGACGAAAGUAGUUGCUCUCGUCACCGAACUAAUACUGUCUAUAUUUUGAAGUAUGUAGCCUCAAUUAUAGGGAAAAUCCAGUUAGUCUUCAGUCGCUUUUUAAAAUUCCCUUAGUUAAAACCCCAAGUUGAAGCGUUUUCCUUUGUUGAUUAUUUCGUUGUCAAAUCGGCGACUUUCUUUUCUGUUAAAUUUCCUUGGUUGCCAUAAAAGAAAGCAAAAUAAUGGAUCACUUGAUGAGAACAGUCAUUGAUGUUUUACAAGAACUACGCAUAGAUUUACAGGAUUUUGCAUGGCUCAUUGCUCAGCAACUUAGGAUGGAUGCCAUGUUAAUGAAUGCAUCUGACCAGAUUAUUUUCAUUUUUCAAAGUGGAGAUGCUGGGAGUCAAAGGAGCUUUAUUAGAAAAUUAGCCUGCAGACUCCCUAUUAAACCCUCUCCUCGUGUGCGUUUCACAAUUGUGAAUUCAGAUGAUUCAUCAAGUUUUGACUGGGAUGGACACUCUGUAGUAGAUGAGGGCUUAGCUGCUAUUCCUAUUUUAGACAACAACAGCAAAAUUGACUUCUGGAAGAAAAAAAUGAAACCCAAAUCGUCAUCAUCAAUUGCAGAUUCUGAAGUUAUUCCAUAUGAGGAAGAUGCCCCUUCUGUUAGAUCAGCAUCACCACCAAGUGUUUGUGCUGAUUCCCUAUACAGUUCACAAAGCACUGUUGACACAGUUGCUAUGACCAAAAUAACUGCCCUUGAGGAUGAACUAUCUCGUUUGAGAGAGCAAAUUGCCAAAAUAGUUAAUGUUGCUACCAACAAACCUGGAACAUCAGACUAUGGAAGCCUGCCUGCAACCCCCAUUCCACCACCUCCUCCCUUCGUGCUUUCUGGACCGCCUCCACCUCCUCCGCCGCCAUCCUCAAUGCUCUUUGGACCACCACCUACCCCAAUGUCUACGGGUAUCCUUCCCCCUCCUCCUCCUCCUCUUCCUUCUACCUUUAACGGAACUGCCAACGAGACGCCAAACAGGAAGUUGUCUUUAGCCGAGUCAUUGCAAUCAAAGAGCUUAAAAGCAACAGAUAAAGUGGACAGAAAAUCCCGAGCCAUGUCAGUACCAUCCAUGACCGAUGUUCUUAAAGACAUGGGCAAGGUUAAACUGAAGAAAGUGGACAGGUACGAUUCAAAGUCGACGAAUGCAACCCCUGUCAGAAGAAGGCCAGAUAAAGACGACAUUGACCCUUCAACCAUGAUUGCUCUUGCUUUGCGAAAACGGUUUGCCCAGAUGAAUCAAAUCAAUGAUUCUCCAGAGCGUGAAAGCCGCGAAGAUCGUGAAGAUUCUUUCUCCGAAUCCAAUGACUAUCUGUUUAAUUCACCCGUUGCCCCUAAGCCAACGGCUUCUAAACCUAAAGCUCCAGCCAGUCCGAGAAAGCUCUUUGUCUAUACACGUCCAGAAGCCGUUCAAUCUGACAAAGAAAAUGGAACUAUUCAGCAGCCCUUUGGCCAACAUAUGUUAAGAAAAACUGGUCAAAGGAGUUGAUGGCUGUGAUUGGGCGAAUCUGUAUAAAUAUCAGAUCUAUUGCGUCUUCCAACAAAGUUACAGCUUUGAAAAAAAAAAAAAGGUUCCUUUACUGACGAAUUUUCUUAUGCUUUCUGGAUCUGGGAUUAAGAAUGAAUACCAGUUGAUUAACAUCUUGGGGCAGGAGCUAGGGUCUAGUCUGUCUGGCGUACGAACAUUCGAUUUUGUCUAUUGUCUUCUAAAAGGUUAUAACGUUUAAAAUCUUUCUUCUUUUUUUCACAAUGUGGACUCGUGUUAAAAUAAUAAAAAAAAUUGACCAAUAUUCGGCCAAUUCGCAAAAUUGGCAUGAAACAUGUAA